GCACCCGAAGACUCCAAGUUUAUUUUUUCUUUUAUUUUUCUUGUAAAAUCCGAACGUUUUAUAAGUUCGGAUUAUUUUAUUUUUAUUUUUCCCGCUGUAAUACUCAACAAUCUUAAGGUAGUAUUAUGGAAUUCGGAUUCGGCAUCGCGGGUUCCUCCGGCAACGGAAUGAGUUCCGAAGUUCCGGUCGAAACCACCUCGGUCGCCAUGGUUGUGCCUUCCUCACCGCUGCCCUUCGGGUCGAGUGUGGGGGCUGCCACCAUGACCUCCUUCUCGAUGCCGAGCUCGAUUUUCGGGUCGGCCCCUCGACCCAUCCCUGGGCUAGAAACCACGGGGGAUUACCCCGUCGGCAAUUCAAACCCGUUUCUCGGACCGACUAUGGCUUCGGCCUCGACGGUCAACCUUGGACCGAACACGGGUUUUCCCACACCGGUCAACGUAGGACCGAACGCGGGUUUCCCCACACUGGUCAAUCCUUUCGUUGGACCCCAUUGGGCGACUAACGGGCCAUUCCUCCACACGCCCAAUGCAGUUGGGCCGAUUACAGUGCCCGCUAGUUCGGUUCAAAGGCCAUCGAAGUUCAAUGGGACGAACUUCAAAAUGUGGCAACAAAAGAUAAUGUUCUUUAUGACCGUCUUGGGAUUUGCCGAGUACCUGCAGCAAGAUCCCCCCCAGCCCAAUGAAGCCAACGACCCCCUCGUGGCGAUGGUUAACCAAGCAUGGUACCACAACAACUAUCUCGCCAUCAACAUUAUCCUCGAGGGGUUGGGAGAUUCGCUCUACCCCGUCUACGCCGGUGCAACGCUCGCCAAGGAGCUUUGGAAUAGCUUGAACAAAAGGUAUCAAGCUGAAGAUGCCGGCACGAAGAAGUUCAUCGUCGGAAAGAUGUUGGACUACAAGAUGGUCGAUAGCAAAUCUGUUGUCGCCCAGGCUGAGGAGCUUACGGUUAUCUUCAAUAAAUGCAAUGAAGAAAAAGUAGGCGUCAGCGAGGCCUUCCAAGUGGCGGCCAUUAUCCACAAACUUCCCCGGUCGUGGGAAGAUUUCCAAGCCGACCUCAAGCUCAAAAGAACGGAGCUGAAUCUGGAGCAACUGCUCACGCGGUUGAGGAUCCGAGAGGAAGGGCUUGCAAGAAGAAAUGGAGGGGCUAAGGCGAAUGUUGUAGAACAUCCGUCGGGCUCUUCGCAUGGCGGGAAGGACAAGAUGAAAAUGGGUCCUAAGGGUGGUGUUUCUAAAUUUGCAGGAAAGUGCUAUAAUUGUGGCAUUACUGGGCAUCGUUCCUCCGAUUGUAGGAAAAAGAAGCCACAAAAGGGAAAGAAGAAAACCAUUGAAGCCAUGUGUGCGGAGCUUGAUAAUUUGGACCUCUGCGCGGUUGUCACCGAAGGCAUGAUGAUGUCUGAGAGCACUGGUAAUGGGUUUGAAGCCCCGUGGCUUCAAACUGGGGCUUCAAACCUUCUCUCUGCCAGUCAGCUUUAACUUACACCCAAAAUUCACUGGAAAUGGGUUUGAAGCCCUGGGGCUUCAAACUGGGGCUUCAAACCUUCAUUUUUUACAUUUUUAAAUAUACAUCUUCUAAAAUUAAAUUAAUAAAAUGUAAUUAAUUUAUUAUUUAAUUAAAUUGAAACACGAAUAAUAAAAAAAUACAUUAAUUAAAAUAAAAAAAACGACAAUAUUAAAAAAGAUAUAUUAAUUAAAAAAACUAAGGUAAAUUAU